AUGGAUCUGUCCUACAGAUCCACCAUCUCCAUCUAUAAGAAUAUCCUGCAGCAGUUCAACCCUGCGCUGGAGAACCUGGUGUACCUGGGGAACAACUACCUGCGUGCGUUCCAUGCAUUAUCCAAAGCAGCUGAAGUGUAUUUUAAGGCAAUUGAGAAGAUUGGGGAGCAAGCACUGCAGAGCUCCUCCUCACACAUGCUAGGUGAAAUUCUGAUGCAGAUGUCUGACAUGCAGAGACUGCUGAGCUCUGACAUGGAAGUUGUGGCUCAGACUUUCCAUGUGGACCUGCUGCAGCACAUGGAGAAGAACAGCAAAAUGGAUGUACAGUUCAUCAGUGAGAGCCAGACCCAGUAUGAACUGGAGUACCAGCGCAGAGCCGCCAAACUGGAUAAGUGCAUGUCAGAACUGUGGAGAAUGGAGAGGGCUCGUGAUAAAAAUGCCCGGGAGAUGAAGGAGAAUGUGAUGCAAGUGCGCUCAGAGAUGCAGGCAUUUCUCUCUGAGAGCCAGAGGGAGGCCGAGUUGGAGGAGAAACGCCGCUAUCGCUUCCUGGCUGAAAAGCACCAGCUGCUCUACAACACUCUCCUCCAGUUUUACAGCAGGGCUCGAAGCAUGAUCCAAACAAAGGCACCACGGUGGAAGGAGCAGCUGGAGGCCAGCAGGAACCCCUCAAACAGCCACUCACAUGGGCUGCUGGCAGUCUCCCACAGCCAGGGGUAUCCAGCAGGACCAUACACACCCAGCCACCUCGAGAUGCCCCAGAGACCCCUUGGGGACUUUGCUUCUUCUAUGACUGGGAGUAGAUCCAGCAUCUUCUCUCCGGACUCACCAGAAGUGAGACUGUCUCCUCAAUCAGAGUCCCCCAGGCGGCCACUGCGGAGGACACCAUCAGCCAGUUUGCUCCCUACCGGCCGUACCUCCCGUUCGGGUUCCUUUGGCGAGGCCAGCAGCAGCAGUGAAGGCAAGAAGAGUGGCAAGACAAGAGUGCAGGCUAUCGUGCCCCACACAACGGGAGUCAACCGGACUCUGCUGCGAUUUGACUCCGGGGAUGUCAUCACUGUGCUGAUGCCAGACGCGCAGAACGGCUGGUUGUAUGGCAGAUUGGAGGGCUCGUCCACGUGCGGCUGGUUCCCUGAAGCUUAUGUCAAGCCUCUGGAGGAUGCGAGGGAGGUGGAGGAGCCAGACACCAGGUCCUUCCCACUGCGAAGCAGUCACAGUAUGGAUGACAUCCUGGACCAUCCCAACACUUCUUCCUCUAGCAAUUACUGGCCUGCUGCUCCCCAGCCCAGUGUGCCGAACCCACCUCCCCUCUCGGUGGGUGCCAGCAGUCACCAGAGUGGGACAGCCACCCCAGCCAGUUCUGUCUCCAAGAAAUCGGGAACAUUUGACCAGCCCCCUGAACUCUUCCCACGAGGUACCAACCCCUUUGCCACGGUCAAGCUGCGUCCCACAGUCACCAAUGACCGCUCGGCACCCGUCAUCCGAUGA